AUGGCCAACUAUGAAGAACCAAAAACCGGCCGGGGAUCCGUGUCUCGUCAUUCAUUUAGCGACGCCGGCGAUACCCACGCGGUGAUCGACCCGCUUAGUGGUGUCAAGCGAGGUCUCAAAACUCGCCAUCUCAGUAUGAUGGCUCUAGCCGGCAUUAUAGGACCGGGCCUGUUGAUUGGAUCUGGAGGUGCACUUGCCAAUGGCGGUCCCGCAGCACUGCUGAUUGGCUUUGGAGUCAUUGGCAUUAUCGCAUUCAGCAUCAUGCAGUCGCUAGGGGAACUGACCACCCUCUAUCCCAGCGGAGGCGCCUUUACCAGUCUGGCCGAUCGGUUCGUGGACCCGGCCUUUGCGUGCGCCGUCGGUUGGAACUACUUUGUCAUCUGGGUCGCCGUCCUUGCCAACGAGUACAACGUGCUGUCGUCCAUCUUUGUCUUCUGGAGUGACAAGGUCCCGUUGUGGGGAUACUUCUUGAUCUUCUGGUUCGCUUUUCUGGGCUUUCAGUUGCUGGGUGUUAGGACGUUCGGUGAGGCAGAGUUCUGGCUGGCCCUGGCCAAACUGCUCGGUUUGACGGCGUAUUUCAUCUUCAGCAUCAUCUAUGCCUCGGGCGGACUCAUCGGCCAGCAUGGUGCAUUGGGAUUCAGGUACUGGCACAAUCCGGGUGCGUUCUCUCAUGGGUUUCGAGGUGUUGCCUCCGUUUUUGUGUUUUGCUCCACCUUUUAUGCCGGCUGUGAGUCGGUCGCCGUGGCUGCCACCGAAACCCGGAACCCCAAGGUCGCGGUGCCCCGUGCUAUCCGACAGGUCUUCUGGCGGAUCAUAUUCGUCUACAUGGGUUCUGCCUUUUUCUUCGGCUUGACUUGCCCUGCAAAUGCAGACUCUCUGGUCAACGGAUCAUCUCGGGUUUUGAAAUCACCCAUGACCGUGGCCAUCCAGAACGCCGGCUGGGAGGGCGGGGUGCAUUUGAUCAAUGCAUUUAUCAUGGUCACUUGCCUUUCUGCCGUCAAUAGCUCCAUAUAUAUCGGCUCUCGGACGGUUCUGUUCAUGGCACAGGAAAGGAAGGCACCAAAGUUCCUGGGGUAUACCGACCCUCGCGGGGUCCCGGUCUUUGCAAUCAUCUUCACCAAUCUGUUUGGCGCACUGGCAAUGAUGAACGUUUCGACGGGAGCUGGCAAAGCUUAUAGCUAUAUUGUCAAUCUGUCGGGCGUCAGCACGUUCAUUGUAUGGGGCGCCAUCUCGUUCAUCCACAUCCGAUUCCGUCAGGCGUGGCUAAAGCAAGGCCGGCAUGAACAUGAGCUGCCUUUCAAAUCGCUCUGGCACCCUUGGAACGCUUAUUUUGGGUUGGCGGCAAACUUGUUCCUUGCCUUGGUUCAGGGCUGGACAACCCUUAGCCCCUUCAAUGCCGGCAAUUUUGUGGAUGCAUACAUCCUGUUGCCGCUCUUCCCAAUUAUAUAUUUUGGUUACAAGUUUGCCUUUAGGACACGGUAUUGGCGUCUACAUGAAAUCGACUUGGAUGCCGGGAGAAGGAAAGACCUCGAUGCACCAGAGUCAGAUGAGGAGGGUGGCGGUGCGGAAGAGUAUGGACGUGUGCUGAGAAAGUCCUUGUGGAAACGGUUCCUGGAAAACUUCUAA